AUUUCUUCUAUUCCUGGUCGGGGUCAGUCGGUUAGAACUUAGAAACGGAAAUUCAGUGCUUCUCUCUUGAUUGAGGCGAUAAUUCAUGGCGUCAAUGGCGAAACCCAUCUCCGCAACUCCUCUCCAAUUCUGUUCUGAUCGAAAAACCACGACUUUCUCGGAUUGCAUUUCAAUAUUUUCUGGGUUCCGACAUUCUCGCCCUUGCUGGUUCCGUUCGGUGCUAAAAUCGGCCAGAAGCACUCCAUUUGUCCCCCCUGUUAGAGCCCAAAGCUCUCCUGAUUACAUUCCAGACUCGAAGUUCUACAAGGUGGAGGCAAUUAUCAGGCCAUGGAGAAUCCAGCAUGUUUCCUCGGCUUUACUAAAAAUUGGCAUUCGGGGUGUUACUGUCUCGGAUGUUCGAGGUUUUGGUGCACAAGGUGGUUCUACCGAGAGGCAUGGUGGUUCUGAGUUCUCAGAAGACAAGUUUGUUGCUAAAGUUAAAAUGGAAAUCGUCGUUAAGAAGGACCAAGUGGAGUCGGUGAUAGAUACAAUAAUUGAUGGAGCGAGAACAGGAGAGAUUGGAGAUGGCAAAAUUUUCGUUUUGCCUGUUUCAGAUGUCAUACGGGUCCGGACAGGUGAGCGCGGAGAAGAUGCAGAGAGGAUGACUGGUGGCAGAAUUGAUGUGCUCUCCUCGUCGUCCUCAUCCUAAGGAAAAGGAUGGAUAAACAGAGUUUGAAUGACGUCUUAGACGUUGUAUCAUCUGUUCUCUAUGUUGAAAUUUCGUGCAGAAUAGUGUAUGGAAGGGUUUAUCUUGACUGUGUUUAUCAAUAAUAAAUCAAUGCAGAAACGUUAGAUGUUAUAUAA